UGAGCCUAUGAUCAGCUUAGGCAUCAGAGAUUUGGGCUUCCAAACCAUCUGCUUUAUCCAAAGACUUUCAGCUGAUGAGGAGCUAGGAGGCUCAAACUCCAUCUUGUCUGAAUCGGGGACAAGACUUGAAGUGCACGUUCUUUCUUGGCAGGACCUGGUCUCUCCAGGGCAGGAUGGCCCAGGAGCUCAGCGAGAAGGAGCUCUUAAAGAUGGAGGUGGAGCAGCUGAAGAAGGAAGUGAAGAACCCAAGAGCUCCGAUUUCUAAGACAGGAAAGGAAAUCAAGGAUUACGUGGAGGCCGAAGCAGGAAAUGACCCUCUUCUCAAAGGCAUCCCUGAGGACAAGAAUCCCUUCAAGGAAAAAGGCGGUUGUAUGAUAAGCUGAUGGCACUGGAGCCCCUCACCCUGAAUGCCUGCCCCUCCUCAGCCCCCUCCG